AUGAGAGGUGCAAAUUCAAAUUAAGGAUAAUCAUCUUUACCAGAUAGUAAUGAAAUCAAUGAAUAUAUUAAGGAGUACUUAAGAUACUCUAAUUAUUCAAAUACAUUAGAAUGCUAUGAAGCAGAAAUUAAAAGUAAAUAGGUUUCCAAUAAAGUAUAUAAUUAAUAUUGAUAUAUAGAUGUUAAAUAAAUAAUAAGUUAUCAAAUAAACAGGAGAAGAAUUACCUCGUAUAUUUUAAUUGUUAAAAAGUGAUAAUAAUAAAACAAAAAGAGAAAUCAAUUUAGAAAAGGAAUAAAAGUAAUUUAAUAAAAAAUACUAAUAAAUUUUAUAAGCAGGAAGAUAAAUAUUUUCAGUUAGUAUUAAUUUAUUGUAAUUACUGCAUUCAUUAAAGGAAACAGCAAAGAAUGAGAAUCUUAGUGAAACUUUAGAAAAUUAUAAAAUUUAAUUAGGAAAAUAUCAUAAAGUAAUAAUAAAUGAAGGUAAACCAGAAGGAACAGAAUUGAUUACUGAAUAAGUUAUGCAUGAACAUAAAACUAAGUUAUUAAAGAAUUAUUAGGAUAAGCAUGUAGAUGGUAUGAUAGAGGUCUUACUUUCAUUAAGAGUAAAUGCUUUAUAAAUUGCACCUGAAUUAAGAAAAAAUCUUGUUUAUGAAUUAAUUAGAAAUGAUGUAUUUAAUAUUGAAUCUACAGAUAAAUUUGAUUUUGUUGUUCAUUUAUUGGAUAUAAACAAUUAAAGUCUUAGACAUGCAAUAGCAAGUUUAAUAAGUGUAAUAAGUAGUACUUUAAGAGGUGUGGAAUAUUUAACUUAUAAUGGAAAUAUGAUUAUAAUGGAAAAAAUAAUUAAAAUUUUAAAGGAAUAAGAAAACGGCUCCGUAACAUAAAGAUUUUGUUUGGCAAUUUUAUAAAAAGCAAGUAUUAAAGAUACAGUAAUACCAACAUAUGUACAUAAUGAAAUGAUUUAAUGGAUUAUUAACUUAAUUUAAAAAUCAGUAAAUACAAAGAUUCAUGUAUUUUGUCUUGAUUUUGCUUCUGCUACAUUGGCCAAUAUUAUACAUACUCCAUAUACUUUAUAAUAUUUGGAACAUUAACCUAGAUUUGCACAUUAAGUAAUGGAAUAGUUAUUAAAAUUCAUUAAAGAUUAAAUUUAAGUUUCAGUUUUGAUGCAUGUUUUAAUAUGUUUAUCUUAUUUGAGUAAAGAGAAUUUUGCUAAGUAAAUGGAGGAAUGCAGAUUUAUAGAUAGAAUAAGUGAAUUUGUUGAAUAUUAUAGUGUAAUAAAUACAGGUAAAUUUAUAUUGUUACUAUUAAAUAAGAGAAUGAAGCAGCAGAGAUAGAUAAAAAAACAGUAUUAGACUUAUGUGCCCAUAUGUUUCAUCCAAAAGACACUUCACUUGACAAUUCUGAAACUUUGGAAUUAAAUGAGUUAAAAACUGAAGAUAGGAUUAGAGAAUAUGAAAAUGAAUAAGGAGAAUUAAUAUUUGAGUGUUUCCAAGAUGAAGUAAGUUGA